AUGAGUGCGGAAAUAGCCAGGGAGGCCGAGGCCCGUGAUGUCAAGGUGCAAGAGUCGAAUGAGCCCACUGAAGUGCAGCAUAAGACCUUCUGGCAAGCCGCUCUACCUGUUUUUGCUUGUGGCGCUGGUCUGUUUUCAGACGGUUACAUCAAUAAUGUCAUUGGGUCGGUGAACACCGUGUUGGGAAUCCAGUAUGGCUCGUUGUACAAGGACUCACAAGCCUCCAAGUAUGUUGCUGACAUUGCGUUUGCUGGCACCGUCGUUGGCCAGCUGUUAUUUGGCUUCCUUUCCGACCGCUGGUCUCGCUCAAACUCGCUCGUCGUAUCUACUGUUAUUCUCAUCAUCUUUACAGCCCUGGCUGCGGCGUCAUACUACCGGGGCGACACGAUUGGCAUGUUCAAUAUGCUGGCCGCGUGGCGUUUCUUCGUAGGAAUUGGCAUCGGAGGUAUGCAGAAGAAGAGCACGGCUCCUGAUCAGAGUGUUGAGCUAACUACCGUCUCAGGUGAAUAUCCCGCUGGUAGUGUCGGAUGUGCCGAGUCAACGGGUGAUCUUAAAAAGGGCACAAGACACAGGUGGUUCAUCCUCUUCACCAAUACCAUGAUCAACUGUGGUUUCGUCUUUGGCGCUUUCUUGCCCUAUGUCAUCGCAGCGGCUGCUCACAACACAAACUACAGUGCCAUCUGGAGAACAAGUCUGGGAAUCGGUGUCGCCUUCCCCUUGGUCUUGCUCGUGCUUCGUAUGCGAUUAAAGGAGCCCGAGGAGUUCACCAAAGAAGCCAUGCGUAAGCAAACACCAUACGUUCUUGUGCUCAAGUUUUACUGGUUUCGCUUGCUGUGUGUCAGUCUGAUCUGGUUUCUGUACAAUUUCUCCGUCUAUGCUUUUGGCAUCUACUCGUCGUCGAUUCUGAGCGGUAUAUACGACGACCAAGCACCGUUGACUACGAUAUUUGGGUGGAACACCGUCAUCAACAUGUUUUACCUUCCUGGUUCCAUCAUCGGCUCCUUUGUUAGUGAUAAAUUGGGACCCAAAUACACUCUGAUUCUUGGAGUGGGCACCCAGUCAAUCGUUGGGUACAUCAUGGCUGGUGUCUACGGACAAAUCUCUAACAAGAUCGCCCCCUUUGCAAUUGUCUAUGGCAUCUUCCUGUCACUUGGUGAAUUAGGCCCCGGCAAUAACAUUGGCUUGCUAGCCGCCAAAACCUGCGCAACCGGUGUGCGUGGCAGGUACUAUGGUAUUGCUGCCGCGGUGGGAAAAAUCGGUGCUUUCAUCGGAACUUGGGUCUUUCCUUACAUUCAGGCCGCUGGUGGCAACAAAGUUCAGUCUGCGCAGUACCCUUUCUGGGUCGCAUCAAGUCUCUCCGUCCUGUCCGCGGUCAUCGCUUUCUUCUUCAUGCCCAACAUUGGUCAGGAUACAAUUGCAGAUGAAGACAUUCGAUUCCGAGACUAUCUAGAGAGCCAGGGCUGGGAUACACGGCAGCUUGGUUUCGAUUCCAAAGACACUGAAAUGUCAACAGGCGAGAAGCCAGAAGCCGUUCAAAAAACGGACUAG